ACAAGUAGUCAGCUGAUCCCGGGUGUGGUCAUGUGAUUUCUUGUCUGAAAUACAGUGGAUGAACUGAGCUCACUCUCGGCAGAGCAAAGUUGACUGCGGCGCCUCAACAAUGGGACGUUUUCAAACAGCCUCCGCUUUGUUGUUUCUCAUCGCCACCGUCCUCAACACAGGGCUCUCCACCCCCCUGGCGAGCAAAGAGGUCUGGGACUAUGUGCAAGUGAGAGACGGGGCCCAUAUGUUUUGGUGGCUUUACUAUGCUGACAGUCCGUCUGCAAAGUAUCAGGAUCUGCCUCUGGUGAUGUGGCUGCAGGGUGGACCGGGAGGAUCUGGAAGUGGGUUUGGCAACUUUGAGGAGAUCGGACCCUUGGACAGGGACCUUAAUCCCAGAAAGACGAGCUGGGUCCAGGCUGCAAGUGUGUUGUUUGUAGACAACCCCGUGGGGACCGGCUUCAGCUACACCGACAGACCAGAAUCGUACGCUACCAACGUGGCCACUGUGGCCUCAGACAUGCUCGUGCUGCUCAAGCACUUCUUUACACAGAAGACUGAGUUCCAGAGUAUCCCCUUCUACAUCUUCUCUGAGUCAUAUGGAGGGAAGAUGGCUGCUGCUAUUUCGUUGGAACUCACCAAGGCCAUUACCCAGGGAAGUGUGAAAUGCAAUUUCCGUGGCGUGGCACUUGGGGAUUCAUGGAUUUCCCCGCUAGACUCUGUCAUGACAUGGGGACCUUACCUCUACACUACUUCGCUGCUAGAUGAUUACGGCCUGGCGGAUGUCAACAAAGCUGCAGAGGCGGUGAAGCAGGCCGUGGAGCAGCAGCAGUUCAGUAAAGCCACUGAGCUGUGGUCUGUGACCGAGUCGGUGGUGGAGCAGAACACCAAUGGAGUCAACUUCUACAACAUCCUCACCCAGGAGCCAGAUGAGGAGCGCCGCUCUUCUGCGAGGAAUGACUUCCUCUCGCAGCUGAUGCGUCGCCACAUUCAUCCACUCCACAGACAGUCGUUGAGUGAGCUGAUGAACGGACCAAUAAGGAAGAAACUGGGCAUCAUCCCUGCGAAUGUCACCUGGGGAGGCCAGGCGGAAGACGUAUUCAGCUACAUGGCCGGAGACUUUAUGAAGCCGGUGGUGGACAUAGUUGACCAGUUGCUGGCUGCUGGAGUCAAUGUCACCGUCUACAACGGACAGCUCGAUCUCAUAGUGGACACCAUGGGUCAGGAGCAGUGGGUGAAGCAGCUGAAAUGGGAGGGGCUUCCAAGUUUCAACAACCUGAGGUGGACCCCCCUAGAUGACCCUGCCUCUACGGGCGCUACCGGAGCUUUCUACAAGACUUACAAGAACUUUGCCUUCUAUUGGAUCCUCAAAGCAGGUCACAUGAUUCCCUCAGACCAGGGACCGAUGGCCUUGCAGAUGCUCAAGAUGAUCACGCAGCAGGACUGAUCCACCGACUCUGACGCCAGCUGGAAUGGCUCUGACAAUCACAACAUGACCCUUUUUUUCCUUUUUUCUUUAUUUCACUCGCUUUUUAACCAAAAUUCAGAAUCACAGUUCCUUUUGGAUCGCAGCACGUUGUGUAAAUUCCUGCCAUGAAACCAAUAAAACACGUUUCUUUUUUUAAUAAA